AUGCACUCAAUUUCUCUCGUCUUUGUAGCAGUUUUAUUGAUUGGAGGUGAACUCAAUGGAUAUGCAAGUGUGACAGCACAGUCCACAUGUUCCGAUUAUGGAGCAUUAAAAUAUAUGAGUGAAUACAAUCUAAUCACAUUGGGCGAUCUAUCAACAAGUUCUGAUGUUGAAUAUAAGACACUUGUCUGUGGCUCAUUGAAAAGCAGUUCAUCAGCCAACUUUGCCAUUCAACUCACGCAAUCUGACACAACGCCAUCUACAGCAGUUCUCCAAAUUGAUAAAUCCAUUGUGGAUGGAAAUCCAAUCAAUGUGCAAAUUGGCAGUGUAGCUCUCGGUGACUCGUCCAAUACAAUUGUCAAGCAAGGAAAUGUUACCUAUACAGUCAAUAAUCGACAAUUCAAUAUCAAUGGCGGAAAUGAAGGUGGACAAGUCGUGUAUGAUGCACAACUGGAUAGCAAAUGUACAACUGUUUCCAGCGGAUUGAAAGACUUGUCAUUAACUCUUUCAAAAAAAACACCUAACAAUAACGUCGUCAUUCCAAGUACUCAACCAGGUCCACUCAAUGUCAAUAUUGCAACAAAAGAUUCAGAAGGAUUUGCUUUCGUCACCAUUACAGAUGGUAACUUAUUCUUUCAUAACCCAAAAGUCCAACAGAUUCAAAUCAGAAAUAACGUUCAAGCCUCAUGGAUCGUGAUUAAUCUCGGUGGUAAAAGUAUCACAUAUGACCAAGGAACUAUUGUUGGCAGCUUGACACAACUAGACACGCGAUCGCGUGUUUUAUUCAAUUUCUACGAAGCUGAAACUAUCACAAUACAACGUAACUUCAUGGGUGCCCUUUUAGCUCCAUUGGCAACAGUUACUACAAAUGCAAAUAUCGAUGGAGCAACUGCAGUUCUGUCAUUGACCACGAGCGCCGAAUUACAUAAACCACUCUAUCUGUUUCCACCAUGUGCUAACGUAUCCACAACAACAACAACAACUACUACUACAACUACAGAACCCACUACCACUACAACAACAACUACAGAACCCACUACCACCACAACAACUACUACAGAACCCACGACUACAACAACUACAACAGAACCUACGACUACUACUACAACAACUACAGAACCCACUACCACUACAACAGNUCAAGAACUUACACGAAAAGAUCUAAUGCAUUGUACAUAA